CCUAGUGGGAGCUGCGAGACCGUGAGACGGCCCCAGACGUUUCUACCGGUACCCGCCUGUCUCGCCCGUGCUGUGCGUUCCAGCUCCAGCCGCCCCGCACCCGUUCACUGGACGCUGUCACCCCGCAGGAUGUCCCUGCCGCGUAGCUUCGCGGCGUUCUGCCUCGUUGCCACCGCCUUCAUAACUCAGGGCGUGAGCUCCUCCCCGGUGCUGGCGACCGUCUACUACGAGGCCAAGUGCCCCGACUCACGUGACUUCGUGGUCCAGCAGCUGCUGCCGGCUGUUCUCCGGGACCCGGAGCUGGUGCGGCCGGUGCUGAUUCCUUUCGGCAAGGCAACCGUCACCACGACCUCGAGCGGCUACGAGUUCAGUUGUCAGCACGGGCCGACGGAAUGUCUGGGCAACAAGCUACACGCGUGCGGCAUUGCACUGGCUGAGAGCAGAACGCUGCAGGUCUCGUAUGCCGCGUGUAUGAUGAGCAACUACACCGACGUUGAGUCAGCUUCAGAAAAGUGUGCUGGCGAGUUGGGCCUGUCGUUCCCAACCAUUUCAGACUGCGCCAAUGGUCAGGCCGGCGAUGAACUGCUGAGGGCGUACGGGAACGUCACCAGCGACCUGAGCCCUGCGCUGACCUUUGUUCCGACAGUCACACUGAACGGGCUCAGAGGCAAUCAGACGGCCGUCUUGGGUGACUUCUGGGAACAAGUCGUUGAAACGUCCUACGAAACAAAGUCGGAGGCCAGGCGCUCCGGCGGCUACUAGAGUCCCGGCCGCCGCCGCCUGCGUGGCCCCUGGAGCCGGCCUCGCUGCCGUCCCGCCUGCCGCCUCUCCAGCAGGCUCACACCGACACCCGCUGCGGAGCUGCCAACGCCGCGGGCCGCACGUCUGCACGAUCAAAAUUCUGCGAUCUUCAGCUUAAGAGGACGGACCACCUGCCGAGUGUCACAAACGUGCUCUGUA